CGUUGAUGAAAAUGACAAGAUUAUGGGUAUAAAGGUUAUAUUCAUAUAAGCAGUAGUUAUUUUUUAAUUUGCCAGUUUUAUUGUGGUUUCAUUGCCUAAUCCAUUAACCAGAUAUUUUUAUUUAAUUAGUAUUUGUGAAUUUCUUCCCUGGAAAAUGGCUCUGAGAAAUAGUGUUCGUCGAAGUGGUCUCUUAAUUUCCAAUUAUUUUAGGAGUUAUUCAAGCAGUGGGUCCCUAGUUAAUGUCGCAGUUAACGAAAAAACUGGGGUUGCAACGGCAACCCUUAACAGACCCCCUGUAAACAGCUUAAACUUGGAGCUUCUCACUGAAAUAUCAAACACUUUGACCCAACUGGAACAAAACAAGUGUAGGGGGUUGAUUCUAACUUCAAGCUCCAAGAGUGUCUUCAGUGCCGGCUUGGACAUACUUGAAAUGUACAAACCAGACCCAAGUCGCCUAAAAGAAUGGUGGACUGCUUUACAGCAAACUUGGAUUAAACUUUACGGCUCCUCAUAUCCCACUGUUGCUGUUAUCAAUGGACACGCUCCAGCUGGGGGCUGUUUGCUUUCCUUAUCCUGCGAAUACAGAAUAAUGUUGAAUAAUUUCACAAUUGGUUUAAAUGAGACUCAACUUGGAAUUGUGGCUCCACCAUGGUUCAUUGCCUCCAUGAGAAAUGUGAUUGGGACCAGACAGACCGAAUUGGCUUUAACUAGUGGCAAUCUUUUCACAACUGACGAAGCUUUGAAAAUUGGAAUGAUUGAUGAGGUUGCGGCUAGUAAAGAGGAUGGACUCGCAAGAGCGGAGAAGUUUUGCGGAAGAUUCGCUAGAAUUCCCCCUGCUGCAAGGGUCAAGUCAAAGUUGGGAGUGCGUGGGGCUGACAUUCAAGACCUCACCAACAAUUUACAAAAAGAUUAUGAAUAUGUGGCUCAGUUCGUCUCUCAGGAAAGUGUGCAAAAAGGAUUAGAAAUGUAUCUGCAAUCAUUGAAGCAGAAACAAAAAUAGCGAUUUUAUAGCUGAUUGAAUUACAAUCUAUUUUUGAAUACUUUUUUAUGCAAUAGUGUAACAUUUAUUAUACCAAACAUAUUAAAGCUUGAGUAUGUGAAAGUACUUUUGUGAAAAUAUAAGCACUAUUAUUUUACUUA